CCAUCUAUGUUGCUAUAAAUUGACCUUGCCUUGCACCAAAAGACUGCAAAUUAAAGCACUCCAACUUUGAUUUUAAAACAUCAAUUUGCAAUAUAUGGAAGAAGUGAAGCUACUAGGAUUUUGGCCAAGCCCCUUUGUUUAUAGGGUGAUAUGGGCUCUCAAACUAAAGGAUGUGCAAUUUGAUUACAUAGAAGAAGACCUUUCCAACAAGAGUGAACUGCUACUGCGGUACAACCCAGUUUUGAAAAAAGUCCCGGUGCUUAUCCAUGGCGGCAAAGCAAUUGCCGAGUCCCUUGUCAUCCUUGAAUACAUUGAAGAGACUUGGCCACAGAAUCCCUUGCUUCCAAAAGAUCCACAUGAAAAAGCCUUGGCUCGAUUUUGGAUUCAAUUUGGUCUUGAGAAGAUGAGGCCCAUUCAUCAGGCAUAUUUCCCAGCUAUUGGAGAAGAACGUGAAAAGGCAGCAAAACAGUAUCAAGAAGUUUUGAAAAUCGUGGAAGAUCAAUGCCUCGGAGACCAGAGGUUCUUCGGUGGUGAAACUAUAGGUAUGGUGGAUAUAGUAUAUGGAAUGCUAGCUUACUGGUUUGAGUGCAUGGAAGAAGCGGUGGGGGUGAAAGUUAUAGAGCCCAGCAUUUUGCCUCGCUUGCAUGCAUGGGUUAACAACUUCAAGCAAGUGUCUGUGAUUAAAGAUAACCUUCCUCAUCAUGGAAAACUGCUUGCCUAUUACAAAACUUUAAGAGAGAAAUUGGUUUCAGCCCGUAGUACUCUACCCACUCCCAGUAAUCACGAUGCUAGCUAGUUUUGUUCUUUAUGUUUUAAGUCUAAUGUUUUGUGCUUUUUCUUUUUAUGAAUAAAUAGUGUGUAUUAUUGAAGAUCAAAUGCAAUAAGAGGGUUCUUACUUUC